AUGCAGCUUUCAAACUUUCUUUCGAUUUGGGCCCUCGUUGCCAUGGGGGCCACUGCCGCCCCCAUGCCUUCCGGCUCCGCCCCUGGGAACCCGUUUGCGGAUGGUGAGGCUUAUGGCGCCAGGCCGAGUCAGGGCUUGACGCCUGUGCCAAAGGUCCACGACGGUAGUUAUCACUCGUGCGAGACUUGUGCUGCACCGUUCCGAACCGAAGAGAGGUUGGCCGCGCAUCGACAAGCAGACCACGGCAACCAGGGAGCUGCGGCACGAGGCUCUGGCCGCCACACCUCCAAGAACCGUGGGUCGUCCAAGACGUCUGAGCGCGAGCGACUAGACAGGUUGGCCUCCAGGGUAGGAGAAGACUAUGUCGAGAAGCGAAGUCAGGAGGCUACGGAGGAGCAGGAACAGGGGCAUGUGAAGCCCGGUAGGUCAAAGAAGGAGAUUGCCCAGAGGAUCAGGAACUUGCCAGUAACGCCCUGGAAUCAAUACGGAGCCGCGGUGAAACUCGAUAAACCCACGAGGAAGGAGCAGUACCGUCAGCUUCCUGGCAACGAUAGACUCACCCCGUUUGAGGAACAAGGCGACCCGGUCCAGCUCUGA